UCAAGAUGGCGCCAUGUAGAAAGAAGUAGUGACACCGCAGGUUAUUCAUGAAUCCUCUUUCAAUUUAAGUAGAAAAGUGAUAUAUAUUAGGAUGGAUAUUGAUGGGUUACCUAUAAUUGGCCCUGGUGUGGACUAUACUCAGGUUGGUGCCAUUCAUCAGAAGAGGACAUUGGCAUUUAUAAAUCACUUCAUCACAAACACGGUUUCGUUCCUUAAUAAAUUUUCACGUUCAUGUGAACUCCGUCUUCAGAAGUUUGAUGCACGGGUACAGAAACUUGAGGCUUCACUUAGUAUUUUGGAAGCAAAGUUGAGUUCAAUUUCUGGGCUUGAAAAUGUGACAUUGGAGCAACAGGUUGAUAUGAAUACUGAGAAAAAGAUGCCAUAUGCCAAAGAUGAAUCAAAGCUACAGGACGUGAAAGAAGUGAAUGAACCAGAGACACAGACAGAUCACAUUCAAAAAGUACCUGAAGAAGAAAUGACAACUGCUGCUAAUAACCCUCAAUAUGCCAAGUUCUUCCGCAUGAUCCAGGUUGGAGUUCCAGUCCAAGCAGUGCGUUUGAAGAUGCAUGCUGAAGGCCUUGACCCAAGUAUUCUGGACAACCAAGACAUGGCUGUGCCAAAACUUGCACCCCAAAAUGUGCCUGAUGAGAGUUCGGACAGCAGCUUCAGUGAUUAGAUUAUAAAACUGUGUUAAAUGUGUAUAUAAUGUAUUAUCUAUUUAAAUAAAAGGCAUUUGUAUUA